CAUGUUAAGGCUGAAGCUCCUUCUCGUUUGCGCGAGUGGCAUCUACCUUUUGUUCACAUUCUAUGCAACUUACACACUUUACGGUUCUUGGAAGGCAGACGUCGAUGAAAACACAGAUGAUUACAGCUCAUUGCAUCACGUUGGAAUUUUAAGACCUUUAUUUGAUAAAACUACACAAAUGAACAGGUUCUCAGUACAGCGUACAAUAGAUAUUUGGUCUCUCACAAAUGCAGGGUCAUAUCUAUGGCAAGAAAUAUUGCAAGGUGAGGUGAUAACAACCACCGACAAAUUACAUAUUCAAGGAAGUACAAGAAUUUUCCGCUACCUCUUUCAAUAUCAUGCUGGGAAAGGAAUAUCUCCUGAUCAUGUUGUGCUAAAUAGAGACUUUGUGGUGUUGUCAUUGAAUGGACGUUCUGAUGAGACAAUAAGCCAGACGAUGACGUGGCUGGAUGUGUUACAGCAAAGACAGAGAAGGGCCAAGCUUUUGCUGCUUCUGAUUGGCAGAGAGAACUGUAACAAUGACUGGGUUCGUCCAUAUUUGAAGAGGAACGGCGGAAUUGUUGAGAAGCUGUUCAUUGUGUAUGACACGGCAUUGAUUGAUGAGGUGGACGUCUAUCAGUGGCCAUUAGGAUCAGCACUGUAUCGAGGAUUUUCAGGUGUUUCUUAUCCUAUGUUGCAUCUGGAUACCCAGAGACCAUAUUCGUGUAACUUUGUUGGCACUGUGCAUCCUGGAUCAUCACGAGAGAGGCUAGCAGAAAUCAUUGAAGAACACGGUCUCGGCAACAUCUGCUAUGUCAAUACCAGAAGCAGUUGGCCUAGUCAUGAACAAUCGAGCAGUGUAUCAAAGUACCGCGGCGCUUUGCUUCAAAGUGAUCUCACACUGUGUCCAGCUGGAAUAAACACAGAAUGCUACAGAAUAUACGAGGCAUGUGAACUCGGUUCCGUGCCCGUCGUCGAAGACAACGUUGUUGACACCAGUUGUGACGUUCCAGCUAAUCCACUUUCUCUCAGAAACGUUACAGGCAACAGCACGUCUGAUUUUUCCGCCCCUCUUCGCUUGUUGAAGAGAUACAAUGCUCCAUUCAUCUUCGUGAAAAGUUGGGAUGAGUUGCCUGCGAUUAUGAGACAUGAGUUGAGACUUUUUUUGCCCGACAUCAUUGAGAGGCGUAAGAGACUGGUUAAAUGGUAUGAAUACUUCAAACAGGAAAUACGGAAACAUUUUCUAGACGUCUUAGAGCAGAUAGAUUAGUGUUAGUAUACAUUUACUCGGAUAUUUAAUGUACUGAUUGA